CUUCCUCUGGCCUCCUCUCAGUCUGUCCCUCUGCCUUUCCCCAUGUCUCACGGCACCACCACCCUGGCCUUCAUCUUUCAGGGCGGUGUGUUGGCUGCAGCGGACACUCGUUCCAGUUGCUCUGGGCUCGUGGCGUGCCCAGCCGCCCAGAAGAUCCUGCCUGUUCACAGUCACUUGGUGGGCACUACUUCAGGUACUUCGGCUGACUGUGCCCUUUGGAAACGGAUUCUGGCUCGAGAACUGCGGCUCUACCAACUCCGCCACGGCCGGCGGUUGUCCACGAACGGAGCUGCCAAAUUGCUUUCUCACAUGCUUCACCCGUUUAAGGGAACCGAGCUGUGUGUGGCUGCCACGUUGUGUGGGUGGGACGGAGGAGAGAGGCAAAUGGCUGAUCUUGGGAAGUCUGUAGAUACAAGUCUUGAAAAUGCCGCUCUGGCUCAGAGCACUUCUUCAACAAUUGUUGGUCAACAGUGCUUUACUAGAAAGAAAGUGAGUUUAUCUGGACCCAGUCUGUACUAUGUGUGCAGUGAUGGUACUCGCCUGCAGGGAACGCUCUUCUCCGUGGGCUCGGGAUCACCCUAUGCCUACUCCAUUUUGGACCAAGGGGUUCAAUGGGGGCUGACAGUGGACGAGGCCACAUCAAUAGCCAGAGAGGCUGUAUACAGAGCCACACACAGGGAUGCAUACUCAGGAAACUGUGUAGACAUCUAUUACAUCUCCUCAAAAGGGUGGACACGCAGGAGCAGAGAGGACUUGAAAGAGGAAUAUUACAGAGAAAAAGAAAGACAAGAGAGAGACAGGACGUGACUUUGGCUGAGUAAAGACAUGAAACAUCAAAAAUGGCAAGAGAGAAGAAAAGGCAAACAUCGGCGAGUAUAUUAGA